CACCGGAAGCAAGUGUGAAAUACUAUAAUAAUUUACUUGAUGCAGAAGUCUAGGUUUGGGAGAAAUCUGAAUCCCGAUCGUCGGCGACGGAGUUCGAUUAUUUACAUUCGAUAUUAUUACCAAGAUCUCUGUGAUUCAAUUUCAUUUCGGGUACAAUUGAAUGAUUUUCUGUUUGCGAAUUUGAGCAAAAAUAUGUACAAUUAGUUCCUUUGCGAAUUCAAUAAAUCUGGCGAACGCAGUGGGAUUGAGAGCAAGGUCGUCGUUAAAGCAAGACCUGACCGGAAACGAAGACGACGAAGAUUCCCGGCCGUGGCGUCGCCGGUUAUUAUCGUCGAUGAAGAUGAAGGUUUCGUUCGCCUUUACAUGGUCGUCCGCCGCCCGCGCCUUACUAUUUUUUAUUCUUCUCGCUGUUUUCGCCUUUGCAUGUUACUCUCUCCCGGUCGAAAAGAUUUUGAAGAACUUUUUGCUGUGGAUUAAGGCAGAGUUGGGUCCUUGGGGUCCACUUGUUCUUGCUUUUGCUUACAUCCCUCUAACAGUAUUUGCAGUUCCCGCCUCGGUGCUUACACUUGGAGGUGGAUAUCUUUUUGGAUUGCCAGUGGGAUUUGUUGCUGAUUCAAUUGGUGCGACUCUUGGUGCAACUGCUGCUUUCCUUGUUGGCAAAACAAUAGGACGUUCUUAUGUCAUUUCUAAGUUAAAAAAGUAUCCCAAAUUCCAGGCAAUCGCUAUUGCAAUACAGAGAUCUGGCUUCAAGAUUGUUUUGCUGCUUCGGUUUGUUCCUUUGCUUCCAUUUAACGUGUUGAAUUACCUUUUAUCUGUUACUCCUGUUCACUUGUGGGAGUAUAUCUUGGCCACUUGGCUUGGGAUGAUGCCAAUCACAUUUGUGUUUGUGUACAUUGGAACAACUCUCAAGGACCUUUCUGAUGUAACACAUGGCUGGCAUGAGAUAUCAAAAACCCGUUGGAUAUUUAUAGGUUCUGGGCUGAUGAUAUCAGUGAUAAUGAUUGUUUACAUCAUUAAAGUUGCAAAAGCUUCUUUGGAAAAAGCACUGGCUGAAAAUGGAGAGAUAGAUGGGAUAGAUUUGGAUUCACCGGGGCUGCCUAUUUUAGCAGAUUCGGCACUUGGUCUACAUCAACCUCUCAUACACGCCACUCCAGAUGAUCUCUUGUGACUCCAUUCACUUCACUAUAUGUUGUAAAUUCUUUCUCCCUUUAGAAUAUCAUAUAACAUUAAGCUAGGAAACUUGCUAAAAUCAACACACCUCAUGCACAUGCAUUACAGAAACUGAGAAAAGAAAGAAAAAAAAAACUUCUCUAAGUUUAGUUUGCUGACUUGUUUUUUCGUUGAAUCAGCCCCACUUGUUUGUAGUUUAUAUACAAAAUCCG